ACUCCCGCGAGGCUGCAACUUCGUUCUUCUUCUUUUUCUUCAUUCUCAGCACUCUUCGUGUUCUACCACAUCAUCUGAUGGCUGGAGCAGUCGAUGGUGACCAACAAUAUGACAGAAUGAAAAUGCUCAAAGCUUUUGAUCAAACAGAAGCUGGUGUUAAAGGCCUGAUAGAUUCAGGACUCACCAAAAUUCCUAAGAUUUUCGUGAGACCAUCUGAAGAACUGGCUCAAGAUCAGUUAACUUACACGAACAUUCAAGUUCAAGUUCCUGUGAUUGAUCUCAGCGGCAUCCUGGGCGCUAACGGGCGGAAAAAGAUCGUUGACCAAGUGAGAAUCGCCUCAGAAACCUGGGGUUUUUUCCAGGUGGUGAAUCAUGGGAUUCCUCCAACUGUUCUUGAUGGAAUGAUUGAUGGGAUAAGGAAGUUCAAUGAGAUGGAUGUUGAGGAGAAAAGGAGAUAUUAUACACGGGAUAACACAAAAAGGGUAAGAUAUAGCAGCAAUUAUGAUUUGUUCACUUCAAAGACCGCUAACUGGAGGGAUACCAUCAACUUUUCAUUUCCAGACCAAAUUGAUAGUGAAGAAUUGCCAGCUUCUUGUAGGGAUAGCACAAUGGAAUACUCAAACCAUGUAAAAAUUCUGGGAAAAACACUGCUCGAGCUACUCUCUGAGGCUCUUGAACUCAGUCCUGAUCACCUAUACAACAUGGAAUGCUCCAAGGGGCAUCGAAUCACCUGCCACUAUUAUCCAGCCUGCCCUGAGCCACAACUAACCCUGGGAAUCACCAAGCACUCUGAUCUUGGAUUCCUCACUAUUCUUCUACAAAAUCAAAUCAGUGGCCUCCAGGUUUUGUAUCAAAAUCAAUGGGUUAACAUCGAACCCAUUCCAGGAGGUUUAGUUGUAAACAUCGGGGAUCUUCUCCAGUUGGUGUCAAAUGGGAGGUUCAUCAGCAACAAACAUAGAGUAAUAGCUAACUCUAUUGGACCACGGAUUUCUGUGGCCUGCUUUUUCAAUGGACCUGGCGGCAAGGAUAAGACCUAUGGCCCGAUUAAAGAGCUGAUAUCAGAAGAGAAUCCAGCCAAAUACAGAGAUGUCCCCUUGAUUGAGUAUCUGAUGGGGUUCCUGAAGACUGGACUUGAUGACGAGAAUCGGCGUAUUGAUUUCUACAAGUUGUGAAGAUGGUUGUGACCAAGAAAUCAUUUUCUUGAGAUGAAUUUAUGAACACUCGUUGCUACAUGAUUUUUGGUCACAUAUAGUAAUGCUAAUAAAGUCCGGUGUCUGUAUAUUGGAUUUCUUAUCUUGUAGUAUGGCAAUGUAAGUCAUUGUGGGUGUGUUUUAUUUUGGUUCAUUGGGUUGUAUAUACUCUGUCCAAUCUAAUGCAAUAAGACCUUUGAGC